AUGGAUGAUCUCAGUAAACGGCAAGCUCGGAUGAAGAGUGUUUUGACAUGUGGAAUUUGCAAAAAGCUAUGCAAAGAUGUCUCAAUUGUUGAAGAAUGUUGUCAUAGAUUUUGCAAGAAUUGCAUAAUGGAAAAGGUAAAAGAAGAGAAAUUGAAAGUUUGUCCACAAUGCCAUACAGAUUUAGGUGCUGCACCCUUGCAGAAAAUUAGGCCUGAUCACCAAGUACAAGGGAUCAGAGAUAUGGUUUCAAAUAAAAGAAGAGAACUAAUUAAGUGUGGACUAAUCGAAAAGUCCAAAAAAGGCGAACUCAAAAAGUUAGCUCCUGAGGAGAGUGAUCUUAAUGAAAUUCCUGUCAUGCUCAUGGAUAUUCUACCAUCGCCUCCUCCUCCUGCUCCUCUUGUUGUUGGUACAAGUUUAAGGAGAAAAGAAAAACCAAUCUCUUCCACUAAAAAUGCUACACCACUUCUACAUGAUGAUCAACUUCUGAAUCAACAAAACAUCUCGAAUAAUAGUACGGGAAGGGAAAGAGGUAGAGGUAGAGGAAGAAGAGUAUGUUCUCAACAUGAUGCUAAUGUUGAUCCUUUUCAAGAUCCAUCUAUAUUUAACGAUGUGGUUGAUCUUAACAAGGGAAAUACACAUCCAGGAAGCUUAACUCAACAUAACCAACAGAUAAAGGGAGAUCAACCAAGAAGUUCAAGUGUUCAUCUUCUUUCGGUUAAAGCUACUCAACUUAAACAAGAGGUAGAGAGUAGUGUUUAUGCUGAUGAUUCAUCAAAGAGUGAUAGCAUCUCCAACAAAGAUAUAAGUAUUGAACCAUUUAAUAGGAUGAAUGAUUUAUCCAAGGCAAGAGCAGUAAAUGAAGAUCAUCAUAUUUGGUUCACUUUGAUAGCAUGUGAUAAGCAGGAAGGUCCUUCACCGUUACCACAGAUUUCUACCCGCUACAUAAAGAUAAAGGAUGUGAACAAGCCGUCUUCCUACCUAAAGAAGUACCUUGCACAAAAAUUGAGUCUUCAAAGCGAAGACGAGGUGGAGCUUCGCAUGUUAGGAAUGUUGAUUCGUCCAGAAUUGCCUCUCAAACAUCUAGAAAAAUUGUGGUUACGCGUAGCACCUCACUCUACAAAAAGAUCGGUAACAGUUGGAGCUUCUGCUGAAGAAUUUGUGAUGAUUUUGAAAUAUUCUCGAUCACACCCAGAAUUGAAUUAG